UGAUUCUCAUGGCUCCGGUGUAGCUAGCGUCGGUAGCUAGGCUGAGAGAGGAUCCUGCAUAGAACUGUUAUCCGGGUUUACCGCAACGCAAUUUCCGUUCUCAUACUUCCUAUGUGUUGUGUAAGCCCCUUUAAAAUGCCCCGGGUCAGAGGAAUAAGCACACAACAGAGAGAAUGAAUAUGGAGAUUGGACGAAUUGGAAUUUGACUGAGCAAUAUCCCAAACAUAGACGAGAAUGAUACGAACAUGAUUAGUGACGAUGGCUUCUCCAGAAGCGAGGUCACCCAGCGGGAACCCAGAGGCAGGAGACCACUCUCAGAGAUGCUUCAUCUACUGUCGGCUGUCAUUGUCUGGCUCGUCACAGGAACCACCAUCUCCAGUCUCAACAAAUGGAUAUUCGCUGUGUACAACUUCAGGUACCCGCUGCUGUUAUCCGCCCUGCACAUGCUGACAGCCAUCGUGGUGGACUAUGGGCUGAUCAAGCUGCGGACGUUCCGACACAAAGGCUCCGGAGGAGAGCCGGACCUGUCGCACAGCGCCCGCUGCAAGGUGUUCCUGCUGAGCCUGACGUUCUGCGCUAGCAUCGCCUUCGGCAACAUGGGCCUGAACUACGUGCAACUGUCCUUCGCCCAAAUGAUCUACACCACCACGCCGCUCUUCACCCUGGCCAUCUCCACGCUGAUCCUGGGCAAGCAGCACCACAUCCUCAAGUACACCGCAAUGAUGCCCAUCUGCCUCGGAGCCUCAUUCAGCAUCAUGGGCGAGGUGCAGUUCGACCAGACCGGCUGCUUCUUCGUGUUUGCCGCCACUAUGUUGAGGGGCGUCAAGUCUAUUCAGCAAAGCAUCCUGCUGCAGGAGGAGAAGAUCAACUCGGUGUUCCUGCUCUACCUGAUGGCCAUCCCCAGCUUCUGCAUCCUGACGGUGGCGGCGCUGGCGCUGGAGAACUGGUCGCUGCUGGAGUGGCCGCGGCACUACGACGGCCACCUGUGGCUCUUCAUCGUGCUCAGCUGCCUGGGCUCGGUGCUGUACAACCUGGCCAGCAGCAGCGUGAUCGCCCUCACCUCGGCCGUCACCCUGCACAUCCUGGGCAACCUCAGCGUGGUGGGCAACCUGCUGCUCUCCCAGCUGCUGUUCGGCAGCGAGCUCACGGCGCUGAGCUACGCCGGUGUGGCGCUCACGUUAAGCGGCAUGCUCAUCUACCAGAACUCGGAGUUCCUCGGUGACUACAUGGACGCACGUAGCGCCGCCAAGGCCACGGCGAGGGCGCGGGCGGGGGGUCGGUGUGAAGACACGGAUGGGGAUGGGGGUGAGGGUGAGGGCUACCGGGGGGAGGCGGAGAGGGACCGCGGGGCGGAGGAGAAGGAGGAGGAGGAGGAGGAGGACGGAGCUUCUUCUGGAGUGUCUGGGCUGACUGCGGCGAACCACAACACGGAGAGGUUAUCUCUGAGGACAGAGCGGGAGAAGAUGGACUGAAGGGGAGGGGGAGGGAGAUGACGGUUUGAAGCGGGCUAUUGGUGGCUACCUCAGUGGGUGGUCUGGAUCUAGAGGACAAGGAGAGGGAUCGGGUUCUCGGGAGGCCAUUCAUGCUGAUGACGACAAAACCAUGUUUGGUUUUUUUAUUUGGUUUUUAAAUUUUUAAGGAUCAGAUUUUUGUUUUUGUUUACUUUACACUGUGCCAAUGUAUUUAUUUUCUGCAAUGGUGGCAAAUCACGAGAAACCGCAAAGAAGGGGGUUGGUGUGGGUGGAGAUGGUUUGUCCGGGGUCCUUCAGAAUGCUCUGAUGCCCGCGUAGCACACUGAACUGUUUGGUACCUCAUGAUGAGAUCUGUUAUACUUACCGCACUGUGAACGUGGAUGAACGACUCUAUUCGUCCACUUCUAUGGGUCUACACCUGAGGGAUAGACACAUCUACACGUCAGGGAUGGACAGAGCUGCAUGUCAGGGACAGACGGAUCCUGAAGUGAGGGACAGUUAGAGCUUUGCCUGAACAACGAAAUGGGCACCUCUAUUUUAAAGUACUGUAUUCAAGGUACUGUUCAUUUCAGACGUGUGUGUGUGUGUGUGUGUGUGUGUGUGUGUGUGUGUGUGUGUGUGUGUGUGUGUGUGUGUGUGUGUGUGUGUGUGUGUGUGUGUGUGUGUGUGUGUGUGUGUGUGUGUGUGUGUGUCACUCGCAAGCCUGUUAAGCUGGUUCAAAGGCCAGGCAGACUAGGUAACCAAUGUACUAUUGCAAUUGCAAUAGUACAUUGCAAUAGUGUGUGAGACUACACCAAUGCAUCAGUUGCGUAAUUUACAAGACUUGGUACAAGACAUUGUUGAUGUGUGGCCAGGGCGUCUCUUCUGGUGCCGGGAGUAACACAUGAUUUGCUCUGCUGCAGCUCAGAGGCCACAGAACAGCUCAGCACAGCUCCCCUCUUAAUGCAGACUAGUUAAGUUUCACGGCUUAAAAACCUUUUCAAAUAUGACUCCAAUUAGUGACCUUUUCCCACAGUGGCUUAUUAUCUUUUAUUAUUAGACCGUAACACUCUAAGGAGUCCCAACUCCAUUUCCCUGCUCUCCUCCCUGUGGAAAAGAAGACAAGGGAGGCGGAGCUUGUGAAUGCUUCUGAGGAUCUAACCAAUGAGAGCCCAGCUUGUUGAUUUUUCUUAACUGCAGGUGCCUCUUCUAGUAGUCUAUAGUCUAAAUGUAGUCCUUGGUCUGUGCUGUCGCUGAAGAUAAGACAUGAACGUGAGACUGUUUUUGUUCACGUUCUAAAUUUUGAUGCAUACAAUGCAUUUUUGUUUAUUUGAAGAAAAAUAAUGUUAUUUAUGAUGAUCUGGUCAUAAAAAUCACAGGAUAUAUAAGCUAAUCAAAUUGAACCUGCAAUCUAAAACAUGCAGUAUAAUUAAAAGAAUAAUGUUUAAAGAUUAAGAUUAUUGAAGCUUAUGCUUUAACUUUUAUUACUGAAGAUCUGUCUAUUCUGCUUGAUUAAGGUUGGUCACAGGUCAAAUAGCACAUAUGUUUCACACAGGGCUAGUGUAAAGAUUAUACAACAGGAUCCAGGAUGCUAAGGCAUCUAUAAGGAGCUUAAAUAAUAUUGCCGAUGUUUUUGUCACUUUUCAGAUGAUAUUUCUGCCUUUUCCGGUAGGGGGUGCCGUAUAAAAGCUGAUGGUAUGAUCUUUUUUCAGCCACUAGAUGUCAAACCGAUGAGUGAGUUUUGACGUUUAAUAUCCACUGUAUUCAUUAUGACACAGAGGUCUAGUUCCCCACUGAACAGAGAGUCCUGGUUGUCUCAUUGGCCGAUGUGCCAGCUUCCUUCCUUGCAAUUGGUUUAGUAGUAGACACAGCGCUGGCAGGCUCCAUGUCAGGGAAGCUCUGAUGGCUUGUUGAAACAUGAUACCAGGAUGGUGACCUUCACAUUAUGUCCCAGCAUCCUAGCCACACUAGAUCACAUUAAGUACUGGCCACUCUCGUGACCCACUAGGUAUGGGGAAGAUGAGUCAUCACAAGCCAUUUAAAAGCCUAUCCACUUAUGACAUCACGAGUCGACUGAUGCAUGAUGGUUUGAUCUUCUCCAGCCUGACUGGUUGGUAGAGUCCGCCAAUGAGGGUGCAGUGUCUGUAACCCUGACCUUUGACCUGUCCAAUACACGUCUUGGUGCAUCCCACUAUGUGAUGUCACAAAUGGAUACUUUUAGCAACGGCUUGUGAGGUCACAGGAACCUCUCACCUGGUGGUAAAGUGGGGCCUUGUAGCAUAUUCUGGGAGCAAUGUUGCCAUUAAAAAAAACAAAACAAUAAUAAGAGUAAACGGUUUUAAUACAAGAAAAUAACAUGUGAAAUAUACAAUGAAAACUAGAAUAAUGCCUCAGCUUUACAUGCUAUGGCCGAUGCAAUAAUACAUUAUUACUUAAUCAAGUGUCAACGAUUAGAGGUUGAAUGAUGUACAGAUUCUAAUGACUAAUGAUUUCCUCAAAUGUCAGGCUUGCCAAGCCUUGCCUUUUAGUUAAGUAAACACACUGCAAUGGGCAGCCACUCACACAAAGCUUAACCGAAUGUAUACACUGCUUCAAUACUUUGAAACAGUGUUUUGUCUCUCUCUUUAAGAAGGAAUACUCAUUUCAACUGACUGCAACUUUAUGGCCACAUAGAGUUAAGGAUAUGCUACCGUUAUGAUACUCUCAUUAACUUGUUUUGGAUUGUCCUGUCAUUUUUUAAAUUGGUUUCGCAACUUGUGUUUUGGUACAUGACGAUUGUGUUUGGCCAAGUCCUCCGUAGCAGCUAUGGAGAUCCAGCCUUCAACGCAUGUUCUGUGAUACGCAUUGUUUCAGUUUUCAACGUGGGUGUAUAUAGUUAUUUUAAUAUUUAUGUAUUUUACAAUAUGGCUGGCGCAAAUAUAAAAAAGUUAAACAAUGGCAAUUUUGCACCUUGUCUCUUUCAAAUUUGAAUUGUACCAGACUGUUAUUUAGGGGACGUUUUGAGGCGUAACAAUAUUCAUGAGCAUGAAAAGUAACACAUUCUUAAAAGCCUCUGUGACAGAUGUUUAUCACAUCUGCACGUCAUGGGGAAUGAAUGUUUCCCACAAUUCCCAUUUACAAUGCGUGUCUUCUCUAAAAGCCAUGACUAUACCCAGUUGCCUCAGUUGAUAACGUGGCGUUCUCACCAAGUGACAUAUGAAUUCACAGACAUUAUCCCUUCAGGUCUUCCUUACUGGAGAGGAUCUGAAAAGUAACUAAAUGCCACAGUAUCCUAGAUUAUACCUAAAUUCACCACUUGAUGGCGCCGUUUGAGAGGUUUUAUACACUUCAUUACAUAGAUGAUUCUACGAAAUAUUCAGCAUGCUGCUGAAUUGCUGGAACAUAACUAGACUAAUAGACUAUAUUUCACUAACUGGCAUCUCUUGGAGUGUUAAGUGCUGAUUUGGCUGAAUCAGAAUGCGUAGGAGAUAUACCGAUCGGUUCAUACAAAGACAUCUUGACUCCCUUCAACGCCGCGCUCCAGCCUUUGCCUCAAUAAGGCAGUGCUGUUAGCUCAUAUUCUCCUUGGUAUGAUUUAACCCAUUCAGUUCCUGAGAAUUCACAGACACUGCACUUGUGAAGACUGCACUCUUGAAGUGCCUAAGGAAUCAGCACUCCUUUAAAGGAAUGUAAAAAAUGUGAUCAUAGGGAGACAUUAAUGGGGAUAUUCAAAGUAAUACAUCCAAAGCAUACAUAUAAACGCUAGAUUAUGGCAUGUAAAUUGCCAUGUUUAAAGGUUGCCACCUUGGAGGUUCUUCUGGUUCUGUCUUACAAGAUGUGCCCGCUGUGAAGUUUGUGUAUCCUUUAGGACUUGUACAUCGGAAUGCAUUAUGGGACUUCUUUUUUCCUACCAUUUUGUGAUGAAAGUCUAUGUAGGCCUACAGUAUAGAUGACAGUUGUGUUAUUAUAACUAAUUCUUAUUAAACAUAAAUAUAUUGUAAGCUAUGCUAAUCAAAAUGUUAACAUGCCCAUUAAGUGUGACAACCUUUGACAGUUUCAAACACAAAAAUGUCGCCCCAUAAUGAUAAAUAAUUAGUUAUUAAGAAAAUUAGUAAAAAUUACAUAACACAAUUACUACCAAUAAAAUUCCUAUGCUUAA